CAACGCGGCGACACCUAACGGCCGCCACCGCUGGAGAUAAGCCCAUAGAUAUCACCAAAACAAGACCAGAAACCCACGGCUUGGUGCCCACCCCAAUAAUCCCAUCUCUCACCCUAUAAAUACACCUAGCAGCCUCUAUCCCAAUUCCCAACAAGGCAACAAGCUCAAAGCACAGCAGACUUGUUUGUCUCGCCUCACUGGUUCCGGACCAAGAUGACCUCCAUGGGAUUCAGCUAUGCGCAGAUCCACGUGCGGCAAGAGAGGUGCAGGACGAAGAGCCUGCAGGCCGAAGAGAAAGAUAAGAAGGCCAAGGAUGCAGCUGGUGGAGGAGAGGAGGUUAACAGGAGACCAACGGCUGAAGACGACAAGGCCGGCGGCGGCGGCAGCUCAUGGGCAAGCGGGAAGAAUCAAUCGGCGGCGUCGAACACGCCUGAGUUGUCGCCGGGAAUGUCACCGACGUUCCCCGGACAGUAGCCAUUCGCACCGCCGUUCGGGCCUCCACCGUUUGCCCCUCCUCAGUUCAGCCCUCCUCCGUCAGGCCCUCCGCCGUUCGACCAACCUCCAUCGUAGAAGAUAAAUUUGUAACUGUGAAAUCGAACUACUUCUAGUCUUUCGGUGUGUGAACUUGUGUAUUUGUUGCUUUGGAUUGAGAACUUGAGCUCAGACGACGUGAAUUCCUAUAUAUCGACUGUCUGUGAACUUUAAUAUGCUCUAUAUAUGAUGCU